GGAAAGCUCCUAAACCUAGAGCUACAUCAUAUACAAAACAUUAAGAUCGUAUCAGAAACUCAUCAGUAGUUUCUCAUUUCCUUCCUCAUUAUGGGUUUCGUUGGAACAAUGGCCAGACAUUUGGAUACAAUUGUAGGGCCAGGCGUGAUGCUUCUUUAUCCCUUAUAUGCAUCUAUGAGGGCGAUCGAGAGUCCUUCAACAUUGGACGAUCAACAAUGGCUAACGUACUGGGUUUUGUACUCAUUCCUAACCCUCUUUGAGCUUUCGUUCCACAAAGUCCUAGCCUGGUUUCCACUGUGGUCGCUGGUGAAGUUGCUGAUAUGCAUGUGGCUGGUACUGCCAAUGUUCAAUGGAGCAGCUUACAUAUAUGAGAAUUACGCGAGGAAGUGGCUGAAGAACAUGCAAACACUUGGCUUCGCCCCUUCGUCUUCUUCUUCUUCGUCGAAAUAUCCAGAGGCUCUUCAAAUGAUGACCUUCGAUGCAAGAAAAGCUGUUGAACAUUACAUCGAUACUUAUGGCCCUGAGUCCUUCGAGCGAGUCAUCAAAGCUGCUGAGAAAGAAGCAAGAAAGCACUGAUCUUUAUAUAUAUAUAUAUAUGUGUGUG